AGGAAAACGUAUUUUUCUCUCUCUCAACGCGCUGGAUUAGUUGCUCUGGUUCCCCGAAGCGGAAUCAUUCCCUCCCUCUCUGUUUUUGGGGGGUCUCACCAUUCACCACCCCCAAUUUACUCUCUCCUCUCUGUAAUUCCAACCAUUCUCUCUCUAACCCGCCUCUUCUUCAAGCCUUAAAACCCUUGCUUCUUUGCUCUGAAUUGAGCACCUUUCUUUCUCUCUAUCUCUAUGUUCUAUAUCUCUAUCGUUCUCUCUAUUGCGUCUCUGAACCCUAGAUCCCUGUAAUUCUACCCCGUUAACCUCUCCAUUGUCGUCAAAUUCUGUAAAUUUGAUCGUUUGAUCUCGGAUUCAAUGGCGAGAUUGCCUCGGAAAAGGCAGGCUUUAGCAGAUGAUCUUUCUGCUUCAGAGGACGAACAAGAUAAAUCGAGCAAUUCACUCUCUGAGAGUUUGUCGAGUGAAGAAGAGGUGGAGGAAAAGCCCACUCGAUAUGAACCGCACCCUUCUCCUGAGAAAUCAGAACAGGCUCCUGAGGAUAGGCCUGUUCGUGUUUAUGCAGAUGGGAUUUAUGAUCUCUUUCAUUUUGGCCACGCUCGAUCCCUGGAACAAGCAAAGAAAUUGUUCCCCAAUACGUACCUGCUUGUUGGUUGCUGCAAUGAUGAAGUAACACAUAGAUACAAGGGAAAAACUGUUAUGACUGAAGCUGAACGAUAUGAAUCUCUCCGCCAUUGCAGGUGGGUUGAUGAAGUUAUACCUGACGCUCCAUGGGUCAUCACUAUGGAGUUUAUUGAUAAACACAAUAUAGACUAUGUGGCUCAUGACUCUCUUCCAUAUGCAGAUGCCAGUGGAGCUGGAAAUGACGUUUAUGAAUUCGUUAAAGCCAUCGGGAAAUUUAAGGAAACAAAACGAACAGAUGGAAUUUCUACAUCUGAUAUAAUAAUGAGGAUCCUUAAAGAUUACAAUCAAUAUGUAAUGCGUAAUUUGGCCCGUGGAUAUACGAGAAAGGAUCUUGGUGUGAGCUAUGUAAAGGAGAAGCAGUUAAGGGUUAACAUGGGAAUAACUAAGCUGCGUGAAAAGGUUAAGGAACAACAAGAAAAGGUGGGAAAAAAGUUGCAUACUGUAUCAAAGACAGCUGGUAUGCAUCACAUUGAGUGGGUGGAGAAUGCAGAUCGCUGGGUUGCUGGUUUUCUUGAGAAGUUUGAGGAAGGAUGUCACAUAAUGGAAACAGCCAUCAAGGACCGUAUCCAAGAGGGUCUAAUGAGACAACAGUCUAAAGGAGCGCUCCGUAACUUGCGUCAAGUACGAGAAGCACACUGAGCCCUGUGCAAAGCUUCCACCUCUUCAGAAAGGGUGGGCGGGUACAUCUAAUAGGAUGUAAUCGAGGCGGCCAUGGCCAACACUGUUUCUCUCUCUCUCUCCUCUUUGUAAUAUGUUGGUAUUACCACUACUGAUUCUGCCAGUUUGGAGUCUCUCUCCUGCUAUGGCUACUAAAUGCGGUUCUUUUCUUGUGGACUGAUUCCGUUUUAUAUAUGUUUACAAUGUUAAUUGGGGCGGUAAGAGCCGCCCAGUUCUUUGAUUUGUGUUUUAUUCGUUGUUAGUGUUUCUUGUGUUGGU